AUGAGAGCGCUGCCAUCGCCCGGAUUUUAUGGCAGCGUCAACCGAGGACCCGUUCCCCAUAGGUAUUUCUUUUCCCGUGAAAAAGACGCCGCUGUUACCGGUCCUUUUCAUACAGAAGAAGAAUUCGGAAAAGCCAUCGCACUUCGCUCAAAAACUAUGUGGAGCGAAUCGAAUGGUCAUAGCUUUCUCUCCGACUAUCUUGCUCGCCACCUCCCAUUGGCACUUUGCAAUCAUCCACCUGUAUUCACCCACGGAGAUCUCUCCAGGGAGAAUGUUCUUGUCCGAAAGGUCGUCAAUCCUGUCACAAAUGAAGAGGAGUAUGAAGUAGUUGCUCUUGCAGACUGGGAAGCAGCUGGAUGGUAUCCUUCGUACUGGGAAUACUCUCAUAUCUUCCCUCUGUUGCAGUGGGUCGAUGACUGGCCAGAAUAUGUUGAGAAGAUUCUCGAUCCCUUGCCGCUGGAGGGUGCCAUGAUGCGGGUUGUCUUUAGUGCCCUGGAGUUUUAG